AUGGACCAGGCAGUUUAUGGAUUGGUAUCCAAGAGAGCACGCGAGGAAGAGAGGACGCCCACCGACAGACUGGGACAAGGAGAUGAAGAAGACCUGGGGGAAGCAGCCUGGAAGAAAGUAGCAUUGGAAAGGAAAGAGUGGAAACGGAUAGGACAGGACUGGUCGCGUUACAAGAAUAGAUCCGAAAUAAAUACCUUACAAAAUGCUAUUGGAACAAUGGCAACAACUUUAUGGCACCAGGCGGGUUGGAAGCGCGAGGCUCCGGAGGAAAGACUGCAUCGCAUGGCUGCUGAUGCGAGAUCUCUGCUUGGGGUAAGAAGAUUGAAGGCAACAUCAUAA